AUGCCAUUUGGGUUAGCAUACGACGUUGUUACUACCUUAUCGCGCUGGAGCAUCUAUGGGUUUUAUAAAGAAAUUAGAGUUGUUGGGCAUGAAAAUGUGCCAAAAGAAGGUCCGAUGAUUGUUUGUUCAACACAUAGUAAUAUGAUCGUUGAUCCGGCAGUACUUGCUGUUACAUUCCCUCACCAUAGAAAAAUACAUUUCUGGGCAAAAAAUUCCCUUUUUAAAAACAAGUACACGAGACCUAUUCUAGUGGGCGGAGGUGUUGUCCCAGUAGAUCGGACUACAAAGAAUAACAAGGCACUAUUCUCUGCCACAUUGGAAGUUUUGAAGCUCGGUGAAGUCGUUGCAGUAUUUCCAGAAGGCACUUCACAUUCUGAAUCUCGAUUGUUGGAACUAAAGGAUGGUGCAUCAUGGCAAGAACAUACUGAAGAAUCCAAUAGUGAUGAUGACCUUGUCAUUGUCAAAAAGCAAAAAGAAAAACAGAUUGUAAUUAUUCCGUGUGGGAUAACAUACGUGCAAAAAUCAAAGUAUAGAAGUUCAUUAAUAAUCGUAUACGGUUCGCCUAUACAAAUCGAUCCAUACUUCAAAGAUUUUCUUCUUGAUAAUCGGACUGCAGUUAAAGCAUUGACAAAACGCAUCGAGUCUGAAAUAGAAAAAUUAACAAUAAAUGCUUCAAAUUGGGAAAUUUCUAAUGCGUCUUCAAUGGCUCGAAUGCUUUAUUUUUCUAAUGACAAACUUGUUCCACUUGAAGAUUAUGUGAAAGUUACGCAAAGUCUUAUUAAUUUUUUCUCAAACACAACGUCUGAAGAAGUAACAACAUUAAAAAAUUUACUAAUCCAAUACAAAACCUCUUUGGACGCGCUUCAUCUCUCGAAUCAUGAUAUCGCAAGAUAUGAGCAUCAUAACCUUACAUUGCCACGGGCUUUAUAUUCAUUUUUAUGUGAAUUAUUCAAAUUUUCUAUUCAAUUACCAUUUUUUUUACCAGGCCUUUGUUUUCAUUGGCCAAUUUACGUUUUGGGUAAAGUUUCAGUAAGGUUCGAAAUAUAUGAAGAAUCGAGGGCUCAAAAUAAGAUUUUUCUAGGGUUGGUAUUCUCGGUUGGGUCAGUUAUUAUCUUUGCUUGGUAUCACGUUGCUCUUGUUGAUAGUCAUUACGAUACCUUUAAAGAAUUGAUUGCAUCAUUUAGAUUAUUAUCAGCGCUUAUUGGAGGUAAUAAAUCAAGAGACAUGGUAGAUAAUCUUGUAACAACACGUAGGUUAUGUUUAGAUCAAUUAAGAAAAGUCAGUGAAGAUUAUAGAAGUAAAAGUGAUGAUUUAAGAUUAGCACUAGAAAUUAGUGAAAGAGAACAAUCAAAUGAUGGGUUUGAUGAUAAAAAAUUGACAUAG